AUGUGGCUGCACAACGACUUGCUACGUCCUCCUUCCCCAUUAACGAAAGAAAACCAGUCUCUCGAUGUUGCGGCGGCGAUGUUGUUGGUAUACGAUUGCUCACUGACGUUUGGGAUGGAGUUUGAGUUUGUGUGGUCGUCGCCAUGGGGGUUUAUGAAAGUGCUUUAUAUCGUUCAGCGAUACUUGCCUUUCUGUGACACGGUUUUUCUCUGUCUAACUCGAUUUUCCCUUCUAGACCAGUUGGUGGUAAAUAUCGACCCAUAUGAUUGCCAUAUUGUUGAAACGAUGCGAGGAUUAAUAUUGACCCUGCGCGCAUGGGCAGUAUGGGAACGAGAUCUACGUCUGGGUGUCUUUCUGUUAUCCCUAUUUACGCUCAAGACUGUGGCGGAGAUAUAUGUGACGAAUUUAUUCCUUCGCGGCCUACAAUUUAGUACAAAGCCAUAUCCAGAAUAUGUCGGUUGCUUUCCCACCAGCGGAAAUCGCAUCGUGUACUUGGAUUGGGUUGUAUUAAUGAUUUACGAAGCUGUAAUACUGGUCUUGAUGAUAAUUCCUGGAAUCGCUGCCUUGAUGGUUGGCACGGUGCAUUCAUUAUGUGCUAAAGGAGCAAUAGCCCUUUCAAUAGUCAAUGUCGUAGUCGUGUGCGUGCUCGCUCCAGAGUAUGUUGCGGUUCUUUUUUCAUGGACAGUAUGGUAUAUUUCAUCCGUGACUAGACAGAAGAACAUUUACUUGUCCUCCAUAUCUCUUGCAACGAAACAGCUUUUGUAUAUAUUUCCAACUUUCCAGCUUUUUGACUUGUGGGAAGUCAAAAAGUGGGAAAAAGUAGACAAAUAUAGCAGUACUUCGCUCCUCUAUGCAUUCUACGUUUUCGUUAUGGCUUUGAUCAUUUCUACAAAAGGUUUCGGCUUCUAUCAAGGCGUCGCAGACCAAUGGAUAUGGAUGCGAGCUACGACUCAGUGGGCAGCACUCUUCAACUACCCGCCAGUGCUCGAACUGGCGAAAAAUACGACCGGCCAAACCGAAAACUAG